CUUUCUUCGACUCUCUUUUCUUUUUCGCUUGAGUAGUUAUCUGACUUUCUCAGUCAACGAUGUCUUUGUUUCAGUGGUCAUUCCUCACUGGUCGAGAAUGACUUGCAGAUGAGUGGGGUCCUAGGGCAAACAGCCACGAUCUAAAAUGAAGGACGUGUCCCGGAUGGACGAGAAAAUCGCGGUUGCCCCCACCUCCCCCCAUCCUUCCCUUUGCUUGCCUUUGUCCGUGUAUCAUGCAAAACAUUGUUCACUGCAUCCCUUCCCGCACCCAGCAGCCAAUUCAAUUAUUUCUGCCUCUCACAAUUCCCUACCAAUCAGCCACAAGUUUGCCAAAAGAUUGUGCCCCCUAUGUCUUGCCGAUUUUUCAAUAUUUUGGGGCCGGUACCUCCCGGACCUGCUUGCCCAGAUCCCUCCCCGCCACAAGAUACACCUCAUCCAUGGCCCAUGGGAAGAAGCUCAAUACUCGUGGCUGUUCAAUUCCAUCUCGAUACUGGGUCGGACUUUUUUCUUUUUUAAGGCAUGGCAAUCGAUCAUAAUUUAUGAAAUUGAUAAAUAUGCCAUGUGACGGGACAAGUGCAUUCAUGUGCAACAGCAUACGCUGUACUAACAUUCAGGCUGUCAGUACUUACUGACGAGACCAAAGCGUAGAAAUCAAGUUGAGGAAUACACCUCAGUCACUCUAGCACCACCACCACCUGAGUAGAAUGACUUUUGAGGUCAUUUUUGAGACCUAAGUCUCAUUGCACCGCUUCAACCUGCUAACACUAACCAACCAGAGUGUUGUGUCUUCAGCCGUUCCGAUUCUUUCUUCCUUUCUGGAUGAUAGAGUAUACCUUAGGUACUGGAGAGGAAAGGUAUUUGGAAGCCAAGAAAUUGCUUCCUGUCCCCUACCGCUCCUUUAGUCGAAUGCUCUCUACAGUUCUUCCUCCGGUUUGUGCUUACGUGGUCUUUCUCUCUUAGAAGCACUGACGAAGUUGCGGAUGGAUACAAUCAUGAAUGGAGCCGCUUCGGUUGAUUCCAUCAACAUCCAUCUUAACUAUGAUUGCUGCUAGAUGAGACGCUUUCGUUAUUGAUCUGAUUAAAUGACACUGAUCUUUGCCCAGUGUCAACAUUUCCUACUCUUGGAGUUUCACGAAUUUGCAGAAAUCCUAUCGUAUUGACGUUAGAGGUAGGAUUGGAUAAGAUUCCAACUGCUAUUAUAGCUUUGUUUUUGCGAGCCGUGGAGUUUAAAGAACGGCGAGACUUAGCCCUGCUCGAAAAGGAGAAAGAGACAAUUAAGUAACCUAUUAUGCGGUUAUUCGCACUUAUACUGACGCAGGAGGGAAAAAAUGGAAGUUCGAUUAUGACGAAGAUAUAGAACGAAAACUGAACUGUUGAGCAUGUAUUUUUGAUUGAAAAUAUCUAACGAUCCCUAGCUUCCGUGAACUGUACCCAUUCUUCAUUCUCGAAUUCGGCAGAUGGGUCUCCAACCCUGCUCGACUGGGGAUAUGAAAGGUUACUCGGAGGAUCCUAGUGUUGGGUAGGGCAGGGGCCAAUAACCAUCUACCGACUGCUGCCUCUUCUUUGUGCGUGCCCUUACGACCGUAACUUCCACUCAUCGGGAAGCCCUUCUGGAACUCUGGGAUCUUGAAUAAUACGAAUAUUGCGAACGCGAAAUAGAUAAAUUAUCUCUCGAGAUACGGACUACAUUCCAUGCUGGCUAGGCUACCCUGAACUGAGGAUCGCUCACGAAAUGGUCCAGAGGGAUAUCUCGUUCGUGCUCGCUUCGUUGUUGAUUGGCGGCCAAAUACGAUAGGGCUAUGUAUCAGCUGUUGGCACGAGCCCAAAAAGUUCUACCCUCUCAUGUCCUCGAUCGACAGAACCGGGAGGUGCAGAAAAAUAAAAAUAAAUUACCAAGAAAGAACGGCAACGCAGGAAAAAGCAAAAAGCAAUGAAAAUCGAGUUGUUUUUUAAUUUUCAAUUCUGCGUGGAAACGCAGAAGAGAAGAAAAUUUUGCCGAUUCCUACCCUAAAUAUUAUUUCUUCAAAUCUUUCAUCUGCUCCAAUAAGCUGCUCCCACUACCUCAAGCUGAACAGCCUGUCCCAGGGCUGUUCGGCGUCUUCGCCUGCCUGUGGAACCCUAUUUUCCAUGGAGAGUUUCCGUUAAAAGUGAAGUUUUAUUAAAGCUUCAUUAUGCCGCUUAUUGUCGUUAUACAUUUAUCUCUUACUCGAUUUCAACUUUCAAGGCAAGUGCAGCUGACUGCGACGGGCUUGUCUUUAUCAUCUAGUUUGCCCUUAUCCAUAUCAUUUUUAUGAUUAUUACUUUUUCCGCAAGUUCUUUUUCCUUUUCUACACCAUUCACGUUCACAUUGACUCUUAGUAGUCAAUCACCUGAACACUUUUGCCUGGCCUGUUUGCUGUCAGAGAGUGAUCCUCGUCGAACUGAUUUGUGAGGCUGGAGAGCAGAGCCCUCCCUUUCUCGCCGCCACUUAUUGACACCUUUUCCGUCUUUCUCCGUCCAUUUCUAGCACACCCAUUUCAUCAAUCUAGCUCCUCUCCGGCGGAGCAUACUCUUUUCCUCCGAACUGCAGAUGGUCCGUCAUUUUCUCCAAAUUACGUAUAGAAUUCGACGCGUCGGCAGCAAAUGUGCCAAACUAUAAAUUCGGCUGUGGUGAAAUAAAUGGACAGAAACCCCGAUAUGCAAAUCUCUGCGACUUUAUUGUCAUUCGCGACCCACAGAUAAGAAUCAGGAAGUUUAGUUGAAGGUUUGCGGCCGCUUCCCCAGAUUUCCACUGUAUUGUCUUUCUCUCUCGAGGUUGGUGGCAUGAAGCGCCUGCUGUUGCCAUUGUCAUAUUCUCCAUACUUCGACCCUUCGAGAAGCUAUUGAAUUCCGACCUUCACAAGUUUCUCAACCACCCUGAAGAGGGUCUGCCGAGCAGGAUUGAGACCUACCAAUCAUUGUUACCGACAUUUCCAGCGUCGCCCGACUACCGCAAGGCUUAACUGGUCUAAAUCCGCCUGCCUGCAGUUUUGGAGCGCAUCCUCUGGUUCCUUUUCUUGGGACUUUCCCCGAAAGUCGAGCUACCAAUCGAGCAGCGCUUCCCCUACUGUUUUUCGGCAGAAUUUUUGACCUGACAAAUGAAUAAUAGUAAGCUUAUUUUCAUCUGGUACGACUUCAAAGAUACUUUGUCUGGAUUAUUUAGCCCACCACCCGCUGUCAGCGGAAGAUCGUCCACGUUUUCGCUGGGGGCGUUUAUUUUCUUUUUCCUUAUUCUCCCAUUUUUAUUUAUUUUCCGUCUUGACCAUGAUUUCUUUGAUUCCAGCAUUAUUCUUCUACACUUCCUUCUUCCCACCCCUCGCAUUGAUUUCUCUUGACCGAUUUUCCAACCGAUGCAUGCUCGUGCAACCUAGCUACAUCGGAGCCUACCUUUUUGCAUCACCGCACUUCGUUCGCAUCUCUUCCAUCGAUCGAGCCUCUGUUGUUUCCUUCUCACUACCAUACAAUUUCUAAAAUCUCCAAAUCUAACACGAAUUCAUACAGCCGCACUGCUUCAAAAUUCUUUUCAACUUGAAUAUCCUGUCUAUUCUGAGAGCGAGUACAUCACAAACGAACGAACGUUCCCUAGCACAACUUCUUUCCCGACCGAAGUCGUCGAACCUGGGCACCAGAGAACCGAUACACUGGGGCAUCAAUUCGGACACCCGGGUUCUGUACCCGUCACCAACGGCUUUAGGUACGCCGCACAACAUUCUGCGGUACAAGAUGUGCCGUAGGUGCCCAUCUUCCUUUUAAUUCUGACUGCCCUUGCAUUCCCACACUCUCUCGGUGUUUGGCAAGUUGACUGCUACCUUUUUGUCUUGUGUGGCAUGCCACUUCGAACUAUUGCCUUGCUUAGUUAGAAAGCGCAUCCUUCCUCGUUGUUGUCAUAUUAUUGCCCUGCUGCAUGAGGGCGGGUGGUUGACAGAUAUCCCCCCCCCCCCCCCUCCCCAGGCCAAAGGACUGUUCUGGAAUUUAUUUUUACUGAUGGUGCCGUAGUUCCUUAUUUCAGUGCCUCAUUUUGCUUUUCAUUAAACUCCCUCUUAUCAAUAUUUUACACGUGUGAACCUGUGUCAGUUUACUAAUGUUUGGAUCCUCUUGCUCCAGCUUUAAUGCUGCACCUGGACUUCUCAUGAACCCGAUCGAACCCUCUCGUGGAUCAUCCUCAACCAGUCCUAGCUCGGUUACGUCUUCAUACCCUUAUGCUUCUCUAAGACAUUCCAUCCCGAGCACUGCGACUUCAACUGAAGGAUUUUCAACACCAUCGUCUUACUCUCAUCCAACAAACUUGCAGUGGAACGACAGAAUGGGGGACCUAAGAAUCCAACGGGUACCUGCGCUUCAGCCUCCCUCUGGUAUGUCACCACCCUUGCAAUCACAGGGCACAGUGGUUCCAGGGCCAACCGGGUUGAUAACAAGGACUGAUCCUUAUUCAAUGUCAUACUCCAUGAAUCGGAAUGCAUAUUCAUCUCCGCACCAUACCAUGAACGACAUAUCACGUUAUUCCCAGUACCCUGCUACACGGGCUCUAGAUGUCCACACAAAUGGUUCAUCGAUGUACAACCAUCUGAUGGAUACCUCAUCUCGGACUUCUCAAUCCAGCCCAGAAGCUCCCCCGUUUAACGAAACCAACGUGCUUCAUUCCGUUUUUACCAAUAGCCACCAAACACUCAAUACAGAAAUUCAUGCCAAGAUACACAAAGGGUUCUUUCAGGUGGAUGACAAAUGGACGUGCUAUCGUCGCAACUACUUUUCCGUGUCUUGCUCGUUCUCGCUCCGCCCGUGGACUCCCAAUUCUCCACUUUAUGUCCAACUUCCUAACAGCAACCCGCAGAGCGUUCGCUCGUUCGCAAUGUCAAUAUCUGCGGUCGUGAAUGCACAAGAGAAUGAAACGCGGGAACUUGUCCAACAUACUCCAAAACGAGACAAGCAAUCAGAAAAGAAGCCCGGAAGGAUAACUCUACAUCCAACGCAACCCCCAUCCCUCGCCAUGAACCAUCCAUCGUCACUUGGGCCCAAUCCUAUUUCGUUCGCCGCACCACCACACACUUCGAGCUUGCCAUUAGAUUACGGAUCAUCCUUUGGAGGAGCAACCCAAGCGUCACAACCACCCACUUCCCAUACGUUUGAGCGUAUCCAGUUUCAAAAGGCAACGGCGAAUAAUGGCAAACGUCGUGCCCAACAACAGUAUUAUAAUCUGGUUGUUGAACUCUACGCCGAAAUACCUACCUCAAAUGGCGUUGAUCUUCAGUGGGUCUUAAUAGCCAAAAGAUUAUCCCAUCCAAUGGUAGUUCGAGGUCGGUCGCCGGGGCAUUAUAAGGACGGUCGACGAGACAGUUCCGCAAGCAUGGGGCCAGAUGGUGGCACUGGAAGCUCAGGGGAUGGCAACGGAGGGGGCUGCUUACCACCAGGAAUGGGGCACGGCCCGCGCACGCACCUUUCACUAAUGUCACAGUACAGUGGAAGCCAUCGUGCUCCUACUUCAUAUAACUACCACCGCUUAUCGUCUACAGACCACUCCCCUUUAACAACCAGCCCUCUAAUAUCCUCCUCGUCGUCUUCACCUGAUUAUAACAACUACACCAUGAUGAAUGGCUCGAUGGAUCCACUAGAGACGAUCAAAGACACCACUACCGCAGGCGCUUACGGUGACCCAACAUUUACAACUGCUUCACCGGAUUCGAGAAAAAUAUGCAUCGAACCGUCAAGCCUACGCCUACAUAUGCCAAGCUAUGACGACGAUGCUGCUGUCAAGACACAAGAGGAGCAUGACGCCACUUAUAGCGCAGCAUUCGAUCCAAUGAUUCCAGCCUUGCAGAAUGAGCACGAUGGCUCAAAUCAAUAUCUCAAGCGGCACAACACCACCAGUUAUUUGAGUCAGCUCUCAGGUCCUAGAUUUGGUGGGUCCUAUGCCAGUCGUUCUGGAGACACCUCUUACAGCCGCUUUGACUCAACCCAGAAUCCCCAAAGUCUCUGUUCUUGAAUUCCUUCAGUUGAUUGACUAAUGAUGGUACUACAUCAUCUGAGGGGUUGCGCAUUCCUCGGCUGCUUUCCCAACUAUUUCCUACCUAUCAUCAACGCAUAACGAUUUCCAUUUACCCAGAGUUUCAUACAAUCUUCAUUCGGGACCGCAGCGCAAUUGAAAUGUUCGCUGUUACCUUCAUUUUAACUAACCUUAUGUCUGAAGUCUCCAUUUUCCUCUUCCCUCUUUAUUCUGGGACCUUAAAAAAAUUUCCAUAUGAUUAUAUUCCUUAUUAAUGUCAUUCAAUUCAUCAUUUUUAUCCACCAUUGAUUUUUUUUUACUGAACUCGGUCCCAGUGAAAGGUUGUUCCGUUGAUAUUCGUGGCCAAAAUUUCACAGAAGUAUAGGAUGGGAUGGAGAGCGGAGGUAGAACUUGCUGCCUAUCAAACGCGAAGCUACCUAAAUUGUUGGGUCAUGGUGUGGUGUAAUCAAUUUUUCACAUGCUGUGCUCUGUUAUGCUCUAGUUCUUAUUUUCAUUCCCUUCAUUUGUUUUUGUCAUACAUGUUUUUAUUUAUGCAUGGAAUCAAAAGUGCUUCCUGGCUGGGCUUCCUGGUUUUGAUAACAGGGUCGAAUUGCAUUGAUAGCGGCAGCAAAAGGGCUUUCUUAGCAUCUUACUCAUCUCACAUUAUUUUGAAAGCCUUGCGUUCGAAUUCGGGGGAAGGGGGGUCCCAGCAGGUAGAAGCAGACUGGGAGAAAGAAAAGAAACCAGAAUGUCACACAAAAAAAUGGUACGGUGCUCAAGGUGGGACGUGUGAAGGUUGCGCAUCGGGAUGGAAGGGGGGAGAGCAAAAGGGAAAUGGAGUCUUGCCGGGUGCUUGUAUGUUUGUGGGCUUUGUUUUAUUUUUCUGGAGAUUCUUCGAAGUGCGCUCGAAGUUCUCACUGGCUAUGUAUCGUCGCAAGGUCUGUUCUUGUCCGUUAAGGAAGCUUGUUCCCCUUGAGAAUCGAGACAAGGAUAGCAGAUGAUAGGUAGCUGUUAGUUUGAGUUCGAGCCACAUGGAGGUUUUGUUUAUUAAGUGAAAUGAGUUACGGCACGGUAUCAUGCUGCAUAUCUCUUCUACGAAGCAGAACGACAUUUCUCUCCCAUAGAUCCCAGAUAGCGAAGCCACGUGAUUUCCUAUGCCCUAGCUCUGGCUUAUCCCCUUUAUUUAUCCCUUUAUCAGAGCUUCCAGAGAGAUAUAUAUAUGAUAUAUCCAGAGGCUGCCAAAACAUGUACUCAAUUCUAACUUAGGAUGUACCAAUCUAUGGUAUUAUUCUUUUAAUUUUGAGAGCAGCAGAAAUAAACAUAAAGCUGCUUCAUUCCGCAUCUUUGCAAAAUUAAAGCUGGAAUGAUCUCCUAGCUGGGGGGAAAGAAAUCCAACAAAAGUAUUUAGCAGUUAGCAAAACAAUAAUCACUCACCAGAGCAAAUAAGCA